GAGAGAGAGAGAUUUUCCCUCAUUUCUACUAUUCGGUCCAGGGCUUCUUCCUCUUUUUUGUGACAAUAGACGACCCAUACUAAUCAGGUCUCAAAGUAAAUAGCUGCGCAGGGCGAGCUCAAUGUAAAUUGUGCUUGUCAGAGCCCCCAGUCGUAGGUAGCAAGGAAUCGGGACUCCAACCAAUGAAGUGAAAGAGGCUUGGCUAACCUUAGCCUCCCAUUUUUUCUCCCCCCAAUGCAGGGCUCUGACCAGUCAGUCGCCUUUGAUUAUCAGUUGCCAGCAGUCCCUCUCUUGGCUCCUUGACAUGAGCACCAUAUAAGGCGCAGCGAUCUCCAUAGAAACGUGUCAGUUUCAAUAGUAGUGUCAAAGUUCACUAUAUACAGACAUUCGCGCAGAUCCCCGUUUCGGAAACAUUGCUCUGCUGGUCUUCCCGUUUAAACGCAUUCAUUUUUGGGUCUCUCUUCCUUGCAUAUUCUAUUAGUUGUUGGGUUUUUCUUUUUUUUUUUGUCUUCUUCUUUCUCUUUCGCUCCAUUGCUGCGGAGAGGUGAAUCUACAGGGGCACUUUGGCGGCGCAUUUUUGUAUGAUCGAAAUGAGUUUUAUUUAAUAUAUACAUGUAAUUCCGAUCAUUUCUUCUCUUCCACCACUGAAGAUAGGAGUAAAACGGAGCAAAAAGGAAAAAAGAAGAGGAUUUAUUUGUCGCCAUACUUUGGAUCGCGUGUUCUUCUUCCAUGUAUGUUUUUGUGUGCAUUGCUUAUCCGUGAUUUCGACCUCUCUACUGUUAUUUAGAGCAAACUCUGUAAUCUGUAACCCCUCGCUCCCUGUUUUCCAAGAUUGGUUUCCUGAAUGGCUGACAGCAUUUUACCCUGGAACUGGCCUCCCGACACUUGCAUAUCCUGAUCGGGUGCCUUGUUAUAACCAGUUGUGUUUUUAAUGCACUAAUCUUCUUCUUUUGUACUUUAAUUGUGCAUGUGAUCGCCUGCUCAGAUUUGACUUUUUACACGCCCGGACGCUUGAAAUCGCCUUUCUUUUUUCCACUUUCCAAAAUUCCUGCGAUCAGCUCGCUUAGCAGCACUUUUUGGGCCCGAGAUAUGGCAAUGGUAGUUAGCAGCUGGCGAGAUCCGCAGGAAGACGUGGCCGGAGGAACUCCGAGCGGCCCCAACACAACAACCCAGCCGGGAAGAGAACAGCAGCAGUCGGCGUCAGCGGCACCUCACACACCGCAGACACCGAGCCAGACAGGACCCCCAUCAACGCCGGGAACCGCCGGCGACAAGGGGCAAAGUCAACAGAAUUCUGGGCAAACGCAGCAGCAUAUAGAGUGUGUGGUUUGCGGGGAUAAAUCCAGCGGCAAGCACUACGGUCAGUUCACCUGCGAAGGUUGCAAAAGUUUUUUCAAGAGAAGUGUCCGGAGGAACUUAACGUACACAUGUCGUGCCAACAGGAACUGUCCCAUCGACCAGCACCACCGCAACCAGUGCCAGUACUGUCGCUUAAAGAAGUGCCUCAAAGUGGGGAUGAGGCGGGAAGUUCAGCGAGGAAGAAUGCCUCCUACCCAGCCGAACCCAGGCCAGUACGCUCUGACGAACGGAGACCCUUUGAACGGCCAUUGCUAUCUCUCCGGAUACAUCUCUUUGCUGCUGCGGGCUGAACCAUACCCAACCUCCCGCUACGGCAGCCAGUGCAUGCAACCGAACAAUAUCAUGGGUAUCGAGAACAUCUGUGAGCUGGCUGCCCGUUUACUGUUUAGUGCUGUGGAGUGGGCCAGGAACAUCCCUUUCUUCCCCGAUCUACAGAUCACAGACCAAGUGUCCCUGCUCAGGCUAACUUGGAGCGAGUUGUUUGUGCUGAACGCGGCCCAGUGUUCCAUGCCCCUCCAUGUGGCCCCUCUGCUUGCGGCGGCGGGCCUGCACGCCUCACCCAUGUCAGCGGACCGGGUAGUGGCUUUCAUGGAUCACAUCCGCAUCUUCCAAGAGCAGGUGGAGAAACUCAAGGCCCUUCACGUAGACUCGGCGGAGUACAGCUGCAUCAAAGCCAUCGUACUCUUCACCUCAGACGCUUGUGGCCUAUCGGACGCUGCUCACAUCGAAAGCCUACAGGAGAAGUCGCAAUGUGCCCUGGAGGAGUACGUUAGAAGCCAGUAUCCAAAUCAGCCCAGCCGCUUCGGGAAGCUAUUACUGCGGCUGCCUUCACUUCGCACUGUCUCUUCCUCGGUUAUUGAGCAACUAUUCUUCGUUCGUUUGGUAGGUAAAACUCCAAUUGAAACCCUCAUCAGGGAUAUGUUGUUGUCUGGGAGCAGCUUUAACUGGCCUUAUAUGUCAAUUCAAUGAUCUGAAAAAGGAACAGUAAAAACAAUGCAACGAAAAAGUGACCGAGAGGACCAAAACAAAACUUGAUACCCAUCAACAGGAACCCGAAACCCACAACAACAGCAACGUCAUUUAAUGAAAUCACGGACUCAAUAGGAUAAAUAAAUAAAUAUAUAUAUAAAUAUAAUUAUAAAUAAAUAUAUAAGAACAAUAAAAGGCCUCGUUGUUAUAUGUGAUCUUUUUUAACGAAGAAAAGAACCCUCAAGACUUUUUGUGGACCGAAAAGGAUAUAUCCUGUACAGAAAAAAGGAGGAGAACGAGGAACUGGACAGACUCCUGUGUAGAUUCAACGCAAUUUGAUUUUCAUUUUGUAAAAUAUUAGUCUUUAUUUUCAUUUUUUGUAAAAAUGACAAAAAAAAAAAAAAAAAAAAAAAAAACGUAUGCAGAAAGAAUCCAGACUUAGCGGAAAAAAUAACAAUUCCAAAUAAUUAUAAAAUGUCCUGUGUCUAUGUAUCUAUAUCUGUUUUGUAUUUUUUUCUGGUUCCAAACCAGUUUCCUGUGAUUCUAUACUAAUAAUUUUGAUAUAACCUUUUGCUUCUUAUAAUGAGUGCGAUAUAUGUUGUCGAAGCUAUGUUCUCCAAGAAUUAAAAUUCAAGUGAGGAUUUAAAAAAUAAAGAAAUUUAGAAAAUAAA